CAGGAUUAUCACGCAUGGCCUGCAUUCUGAACUCUUCUUGUUUCAAGACCUUGAAGGUUCUACUGUGCAACAAGAGACACUUACAAGUUACAGUACAAAUACAUACAUGUUACGCUAGUGACAAAACUUAACAUUGACGUCAUCGAAUCCUGUCUCCGGACGUCUGAAGGUGAUGUUGAGGAUACCAAUGCUGAUUCACUCUCUCUCACCAUGAAAACAUGUUAAGACUGUUACUACGCCGCACUGCCAGGAUGACGACCGCCACGCUUGCUGCUUCGCAGGGGCAGAGCCUGAGCGAAUCUAACAAGGUCCAUUUCCCAACCGAUCCCAAGCUACCGGGCAAGUGCUUUGAGCCGCGCCAGAAUGACCCAACGGGCGACUACACCCCCAAUCCGAGCAAAUCGCUCCCUUUGGCACCAGCUCGUAAGGCGCUGGUCGACGACAUCAUCUCGCUCUACGAGAUCGGGGCCACGGUGGAGUGCAUGCAGAGAUACACGCCCGAUGCCGUGUACAACGACGAGCUGGGCUACGCGGACGACCGCUACAAGAUCGCCGGCCAGUGGUUCGGCCUGCCUUACAUCUUCCGCGAAGCCAAGAGCCGCGGCCAUGAGGUGGUCACUAACGACAGGGACCUCAUCCAGUUCUUGCACGAGGUGGAGUGGCACCCGAAGCUCGUGCCCAAGACCCUGACUCUCAGGUCACUUGUCUCUCUCGCGCUGGACCCGGCUACCGUGGAUAGCGAGUUCAUCCGCGUCAAGUACCACAAGGAUCAGGCCAGUGCAAAGGACUACAGCAACGAAGGGCCAGGGGCGAUGCUGAAGAAGUGGCAAGCCGAGGCUACGGCGGCGAUGUUAAGCGCCGUGGAUUCGAAUCUCAAGGCGUUUGAGUCUGACAAGGGGGCGGGCAGCAAGCAAGACGAGCCUUAAGAUACGUUCAGCGCAAAGGCAGCUAAAGCUCCUUGGUUCAGCACGGAGAUGUAAUACACCUUCUUGGAGGGCUAUUUCCUUUACACUUCAUAAUAAAAUGCCCAGCUUUGCUU